AUGCAUUGUGAUAACAAGUAUCAGUUUCGGCAAUCCCUCUCGAUUGCCUGGUACUGGUUUCCAGCGGGUGCUGCAUGUUCUGUCAUCGGUCUUUUUGGGGAGUACCUAUUCAAGAAGAUCGGGGACUGCAAUGGCUGUUGUGACAUGAGGAUCUCGCGUGGCGUCGACAAUCCGCGCAGCAUUGAUCAGAGGUCUUGUGCCUUGAGUCUUCCUACGGCCGAUGUUAAUCUUUCUUUACCGUACUGUUGCGACAUCUGCUCAAGUAGAAUGACAGCCAAGGCAGACGCUUCUGAGAGUGCCAAGCCAAAGUACAGACGUGCAUCUGCUCGUAAGGUUCGAACAGGCUGCAGAACAUGCAAGAUCCGACACAUAAAAUGCGAUGAAAGUCGCCCUCAGUGCCGUCGCUGUCUCACUCAUGGAGUGAUCUGUGAUGGUUACGCGCCAAUCAAGCCAAAAGUCUCACCGAAAAAACGGGACCAAGAGAAGAGUACGGUCGAGGCCUGUCAGGAUUGUGACACACUGCCUCCAGCUCUCUGCUAUACGCCUUUGCUCCCCCCAGUACUCUUGAUGAAACAAUGUUCGAUGCCCAGGCGCAACCAAAGUGUUGUCGUUCUAGAAGAACUGCAUCAUUCGUCGCUUCCCCUAUCUUUGGCGUCCCGUGUCGCAGAGAACCCGGAUUCAGAGCUGGCCCCGAUUAAGAAACAGCUACCACUUCGAAAUGACACAAAGCUUCCGAGUAUUGCCGAACUCGUUCAAUGUACUACGAUAUCGGCGACAUCCAGCCAGGGGUCUAUACCCCGGGUUAGUCAAGGCUUUUCACUACCAAAACUUGCCGAUUUCUUGAUAGAAUCGGCCGGAUCAUCGCGUUUAAUAUCCCUGGAUCGAUCUUGUCACGGAACAGACUACGAUGGCAGCGCCCUUCUUCCACGUCUUCGUCAACCCUUUCGCAGUCCGCUAUAG